UGCUGCAGAAACCGAAGGAGCUGGAGUUCACCCACUCCACCUUCACCGUUCCACCCACUUUCAACUAUCCCAUACUUUGAGUGUUAUACUGCGAAUUAAGUAAUCAGAAGAGGGUUUGCGAUACUACGUCGAUCAUUCUACCUUUACCACGAAUUGCCAUACAAUACGCUGCAUACACUGCUCUCGGGACUGCAUCUGAAUCAAUUGUUGCUCGCAGGCUGGACCUCUUCACAAUGUUUCGAACUACUCCACCGAGUCUCUUUCGUCAACUGCCCGCCCUUCUCAAAUUCAAGCUUCAUCAACCCCUGCCUUUGACUCAACGUGAAUCUACACAAUUACUCGAACUUCUCACAACAUCAUUCCGACAACAACUUGACUCGGAGCAUGGCCCUUCGCACACGAGUAGCAAUGUCGAACCAACCCAAUCCAAUAAACAAUAUCAAAAUGGCAGGCCCCGGCGUCUCUCAGAUGCUGGCCAUAAGCACACCGAUCGACAUAUCAAAUCCAUUCUCACAAACCCCCUUUUCAACCAACGAACGCAACAAAGAGGUGAGCCUGGAUCUACACAGGAUCCAAUGGAUACAUUCGACAGGGCUGUUGGGCGCGGAAUGAUGACUCUAAACUAUGCAAAAGCAAUUUUGAUAGCCAAAAAGAAACAGCUUCAAUCCUCGCACGAAACGUUGGAAGAAAGUAUGAAGAAGUCAGGCGCCGGUCUCAAAAUCUUGAAGUGGUUGACGUCAAGUGGUAUAAACCAGAACAUUGAGUUCUUGUUGCAGGAUCAAAAAUUUGCAAUUCUACUCUUUGAAUUCAUGCGUGCAGAAGGCUAUGAAGAAGUAUUUUGGGAGUGGAUAAGCAAAGCCAUCCAUAGUACCAACGCUGCAGAAUUUGAAUUUCGUGGUGUGGCUCAACUCCUAUCUAAAAUUGUUACACUUACGGCCAGGCUCGAAGCAUCGUUUAAUGAUUCAAUCGCUAUUCUGCUUCGAAUCACAAAUAUGGCCAAAGACUUGCGCUUCGAAAAGGUUCACAGUCUUCUCACAGAACCUGGACAGCAUGUAUUUCACUUAAUCGUCGAGUCCUCUCGACAAGUGCGAGCAGCCACUUCAUUAGAAGCUUUCAAGAUAUUCCAACAAAUUCUGCCAAAUUUCAGCAUCCACGAUGUUGAUCUGCACACUUUAGAUUUGUAUUCCCCAUACCAUCGAUCCGCAGAUUAUUUCUUAGAAUUCCUUCGACAACAACAUUCUUCGAAGGAUUCAGAAAGCGAGGAUCUUGUGCGACCAUUUGAAAAAAAUGAGGCGAAGAAGAUGGUCUCAAUAUCUCUGAUGGCAGCCAAAAUCUUACUUGAGCAGAAUCGGGUCAAUGAUGCAACUUGGGUAAUGGAGUAUCUGCGCACAAACUAUCCUAAAUUAUUAGGAAUCGAAGCAGACAAUCAGGAACGGAAAGGAGAAGUUGAUGAGGCAUCAAGUAUUCAAAUACUCGAGUCCUUCAGUCUAGCUUGAAUCGUAGCUUGGUUUUUAGUUUGCAUGAUGAGCAUUCUGGUGUAUUUGUAUGUAAUUGGCGUUAAUGGCUGGUUAAUGAAUCAUUGACCAAUUGAUGGUUGGAGGGAUAGGGAAUGCAUUUCGAUAACGAUACGUCAAUGGAUAUAGCCUGAGACCAAAAUUUAAAGUCUACAUAGUAGAUAUAAGCA